CUGACAAAUAUAUGGUGCAUGGUGCAUGCAUGUGAGAGCGAGGCUAAUUUGUGUUUUCCCAACACAGUUGGUCCGUUAUUUGUGAAACAAGGGUAAGAGAACGUCUGAGCCGAGCACAGACUGCGCAGCCCACACGUGUUACCGUUAAUCCGGCCAGGCAGCUUACUUGGUAUUCGCCUCUCCUCUCUUGACUCGAAGCCCUAGUGAGAACGCGAAACUCCCUCCAUUGGAAAAAUAUAACGGAAACUUCGGGGAGGGAAAGAGGCGUUAAAGCAUGAAACUCCACAGUCUUCGUCUUUAUCUAUCUUUCCUUUUGGUCUGUACUGCCUGCGUAGUUAGAGGAGACUACUGUGAGGUGAACCAGUGCCAUAAUGGAGCCACCUGUGUGACAGGCAUUGGAGAGGGCCCCUUCAUCUGCAUCUGUGCUGAGGGCUUCACGGGGGACACCUGCAAUGUCACUGAGAAUGGGCCCUGUGUCCCCAACCCCUGCAAGAACGACGGGGUGUGUGAGGUGAUCACCAACACCAGGCGCGGGGAUGUGUUCAACGAGUACCUGUGCAAGUGCCAGCCAGGGUUCGAGGGCCCACACUGCCAGAUCAAUGUGAAUGACUGUGCUGAGGAUCCCUGUAAGAAUGGAGGCCUGUGCAGAGAUCUGGACGGAGACUAUGCCUGCUUGUGCCAAUCUCCGUACGUGGGCAAACAGUGCCAAGUUCGUUGCACCGCUCUGUUGGGGAUGGAGGGAGGCUCCAUAGACGAGUCUCAGAUCACGUCCUCCUCGGUGAGCUUUGGCAUGCUGGGCCUGCAGCGCUGGGGCGCAGAGCUGGCUCGCCUCAACAACCAGGGCAUCGUCAACGCCUGGUCCUCCGCCCCGCACGACAAGAACCCCUGGAUCGAGAUUGACCUGCAGAAGAAGAUGCGUCUGAGUGGCAUUAUUACCCAGGGGGCUAGUCGCAUGGGGGCUUCUGAGUACAUCAAGGCCUUCAAGGUGGCUUACAGCUUUGAUGGGAAGACCUAUGCCAUCUUCAAGACCUUAGGCCAGAGGAAGGACAAGGUGUUUGUGGGUAACGUGGACAACGACGGAACCAAGACCAACAUGUUCGACCCCCCCAUUGUAGCCCAGUACAUCCGCGUGGUGCCCGUGGUCUGUCGCAAGGCCUGUACUCUCCGCAUGGAGCUGAUUGGCUGUGAGCUCAACGUGUAUUCUAAUACAGCUGGAUGCUCAAAUGCCCUUGGCAUGAAGUCCCGGCUCAUCUCCGACGAGAAGCUGGCCGCGUCCAGUGCUUUCCGUACCUGGGGGCUGGAUGCCUUCACCUGGCUACCCCACUUUGCCCGUCUAGACAAACAGGGCAAGACCAACGCCUGGGCAGCAGCCUCCAACAACCGGUCAGAAUGGCUUCAGGUGGACUUGGAAAGUCCAAAGCGCGUCACAGGCAUCAUCACUCAGGGUGCAAAGGACUUUGGGGUCGUUCAGUUCGUCUCUGCCUUCAAAGUGGCGUUCAGUGACGACGGCUAUUCUUGGCAGGUGCUGAAGGAUCCCAACACCAGGACAGACAAGAUAUUCCAAGGCAAUAUCGACAACAACACUCACAAGAAGAACCUUUUCGACCCUCCGUUUUACGCCCGCUUUGUGCGGUUCCUGCCGUGGGAGUGGAACGAGCGCAUCACCGUCCGCAUGGAGCUGCUGGGCUGUGACGAGUAGAGAGAGGCCUCUCCUCUCCGCCCGACGGUGCUCCCUGAACUCACGCCAGGCUGGAUUCACACACAGACCACAUCGAGAGAGGGCCCCUCACAACCAGUUCGACACCAUCUCGCAGCCUCCUGAUAGCCUCAUCUCAAACUCUCAGCCGCUUGGUAGAUUGGCCAAACUAAAUAUAACUGGGGAAUUUCAGGGGAACAAAUGAUAGACAGUAGAUAAUGUCAGAAUUAGGCUUUGCUUUAAUUGUUAGGAGGGUUUGUCCAUAUCUUAGGUAGUGGCAAUCAUGUAAUCAUGUGCAAACCUGCAAGUGCUUAUCUGACACUGUAUGACUCAAGCAGGUGGAGAUCAUAUCAGCUAUUUCAUGGGAAUUGAUGUCAGAACUCAUAAAAUACAAACACAAGCUUUCCACCAAUUUGUCAUUAUUGGCUACCAUAUUGAGUCUUCCAAAUGAUGAAAGAAUGCAUUGGCCCAGGUAAACCAAACCAAAUAACCACAUAAGAAACCUCAUUGUAUGAAAUGUAUCCAUGAUCUGGAAAACCUGAAACUCAAGCACUGUGGAAUACCAAAAUUUCGACACUCCAUUAAAGUUGUAAUUGGGUAAUUAAAGGUCGAGGCUGUUUCAACAGAACCGACACCUAGUUUCUCUGAUCAUCACUGACCAACACGUCUGCUGUUCAGCAUGUUAGCUUUGAGUCAUUAGCCGACUGAUAUGUUUGCUCGCCUUAGCUAAUAGGAAGCAACAGAGAUCAGGAUAUUAAAUUCAAUUUGCUUUUGAAAUUAAAAGAAUUUUAUAUCAUCGGGCAACAUUUUUCCUAUCAUGAUAGGAAAUAUAUAUAUUCAAACUAUAAUGUCUGAAUCCUCCAUGAAUGCUAUCUAUUUCGCCUGAUAGGCUACAUGAAGACAUAUCUGCACUGACAAAACAAAUGGUCAUGUUUCUGAGUGAAUCCACCCUCACGAGGGAGCUCCUUCAUGGAAUUACACUGCUAAUUCAACUGUUGAUAGUAGCCACGUCUCAUAGAUUGAAUUAACCUGCUAUUGAUUACUGCACUGUUCUCUGCACUAGGAUCAUCACAGGAUGCUCCUUCCUAUUUAACACAAGCUUAUUCUGUUAGAUUGUAUUUCAUAGGCUUUUGUUGAGUUGAUUGAUGUCACAAUGAUUUCACAUCGAUCUUGAUCUAAUAUUGUGCAAAAUUACGCCUUUUUUCCUGCCAUUAAUUGACAUGUUUUGUUAUUUAGUGGUAUUAAGUUGUGUAUUCUUGUGCUUCUGUCGGUUACUUGAUGUGGAAUGCAGAUUUGUAAUAAAUUAUGGACCAUUUUGAUGUA